GGCGGCGCUGGGCCAGAUACUGCCGUUUCUUCAAAAAUGGGCGAAAUAGAGCAGAAGCCAACUACAGGAUCACGGCUAGGAGCUCCAGAGAAUGCUGGGAUCAGUACCUUGGAACAUGGCCAGAAACCACCGUCCACCCCACCAGGAAAACUUAUUUCCAUUAAAAUCCAAAUGCUGGAUGAUACACAAGAAACGUUUGAAGUUCCGCAAAGAGCUCCGGGGAGAGUGCUGCUGGAGGCAGUCUGCAACCACCUAAACCUUGUAGAAGGUGACUAUUUCGGCCUUGAAUUUCCAGAUCAUAAAAAGAUAAUGGUAUGGCUGGAUCUUUUAAAACCUAUUGUGAAACAGAUUAGAAGACCAAAGCAUGUAGUUGUUAAAUUUGUGGUGAAAUUCUUCCCCCCUGACCAUGCUCAACUUCAAGAAGAAUUGACAAGGUACCUAUUUGCGUUGCAGGUGAAGCAGGACCUGGCUCAAGGCAGGCUAACAUGCAACGAAACUAGCGCUGCCCUCUUGAUCUCACACAUAGUACAGUCUGAAAUUGGGGAUUAUGAUGAAACUGUGGACCGGGAACACUUAGCAAAGAAUAAGUACAUACCUCAGCAAGAAGCAAUAGAAGACAAAAUCGUGGAAUUUCACCGUAACCAUAUUGGGCAAACGCCAGCAGAAUCCGAUUUCCAGCUUCUAGAGAUUGCCCGUCGGCUGGAGAUGUAUGGAAUCCGGUUGCACCCAGCAAAGGACAGAGAAGGUACUAAGAUCAACCUGGCAGUUGCCAACACGGGAAUUCUAGUAUUUCAGGGUUUCACCAAGAUCAAUGCCUUCAACUGGGCAAAGGUGAGGAAGCUGAGCUUCAAGAGGAAACGUUUUCUCAUCAAGUUGCGUCCUGAUGCAAAUAGCUCAUACCAGGACACUUUGGAGUUCCUGAUGGCCAGCCGGGACUUUUGCAAAUCCUUCUGGAAAAUUUGUGUGGAACAUCAUGCCUUUUUCAGACUCUUUGAAGAGCCCAAACCAAAGCCUAAGCCUGUUCUCUUCACUAGGGGGUCAUCCUUUAGGUUCAGUGGCCGGACUCAGAAGCAGGUUCUCGACUAUGUUAAAGAAGGGGGACACAAGAAAGUGCAGUUUGAAAGGAAACACAGCAAGAUUCACUCAAUCAGAAGCCUGUCUGCCCAGCCUUCAGAACAGAACUCGGAGGUGCCGAAACAAAGCUCAAGCUUUACAUUUGGAGACGGCGUGGAUUCCCCUGGGGGUCGGAGCUGCCGGCAGGGGAAGGAACUGAAAGUUUCAGUGGAUGAGGCUGAGCCGCGCCGGAGCCCCUCCCUGAAGAAAAGCCCCAAGGACGGCAAGCGUGGCGAUGGAACGGUGAUGGCGACGAUGGAGGAAGAGGAGGAGGUCGUGAAGGCUGGAAGCCAGCAGAAUCCGCCUCCGGCGCAGCAGCCAAGCACAGGCUCCCUGACUGGUAGUCCUCAUCUCUCAGAACUCUCGAUCAACUCUCAGGGAGGACACACCGCUGCAAACACGACACUCUCGCCAAACCUCAGCCCCGAUGCCAAGCAGCCCUCACCAUUAGUCAGCCCACUGCUCAACGACCAGGCCUCCACCAGGACUGACGAUGAGGAAGAGGUCAAGAGAAAGCGGUUUCCAACUGACAAAGCAUAUUUCAUUGCUAAAGAAGUAUCCACAACUGAGCGAACCUAUCUGAAGGAUCUCGAGGUCAUCACAUCGUGGUUUCAGAGCACAGUAAGCAAAGAUGACUCCAUGCCCGAAACCCUGAAAAAUCUCAUCUUCUCCAACUUUGAACCCUUGCACAAGUUUCACACCAAUUUUCUCAAGGAAAUAGAGCAGAGACUUGCCUUGUGGGAAGGCCGCUCAAAUUCGCAUCAUAUCAAAGGAGAUUACCAAAGAAUUGGUGAUGUCAUGCUGAAGAAUAUUCAGAGCAUGAAGCAACUGACAAUUCAUCUGUGGAAGCACAAUGAGGCUUUGCUGGAGUUGGAAAACGGGAUCAAGAAUUCUCGUAAGCUGGAGAGCUUUUGUAGAGACUUCGAGCUGCAAAAAGUCUGCUACCUGCCCCUCAACACCUUCCUCCUUCGGCCUUUACACAGGCUUAUGCACUACAAGCAGAUAAUGGAAAGGUUGUGCAAACACUACCCACCAAACCACGUUGACUUCAGGGACUCUAGAGCUGCCUUAGCAGAGAUCACGGAAAUGGUUGCCCCCCUUCAUGGUACUAUGAUAAAGAUGGAGAACUUCCAGAAGCUGCACGAGCUCAAGAAAGAUUUGAUCGGCAUUGACAAUCUCGUGAUCCCGGGCCGGGAGUUCAUUCGUUUGGGCAGCUUGAGUAAGCUCUCAGGGAAAGGGCUGCAGCAGCGAAUGUUCUUUUUGUUUAAUGAUGUUUUGCUGUACACAAGCAGAGGACUGACUGCGUCGAAUCAGUUCAAAGUCCACGGCCAACUCCCCCUCUUCGGCAUGACAGUAGAAGAAAGCGAAGAGGAGUGGGGCGUUCCUCACUGUCUCACCCUCCGCGGUCAACGCCAGUCCAUCAUCGUAGCCGCAAGUUCCCAGAUGGAGAUGGACAAGUGGAUUGAGGACAUACAGAUGGCAAUUGACCUGGCGGAGAAAAGCAGUGGCCCUUCGCCCGAAGUUCUAGCCAGUAGUCCACCUGACAACAAGUCUCCCGACGAAGGUGUGGUCGACCAGGAGUCCGAGGACGAUCUCAGUGCUUCGCGCACCUCGCUCGAGCGGCAGUCGCCUCACCGGGGCAACACCAUGGUCCACGUCUGCUGGCACCGCAAUACCAGCGUCUCGAUGAUUGAUUUUAGCAUUGCGGUGGAGAAUCAGCUAUCGGGAAACUUGCUAAGGAAAUUCAAAAACAGCAACGGGUGGCAGAAGCUGUGGGUCGUGUUUACCAACUUCUGUCUGUUCUUCUACAAAACACACCAGGACAAUCAUCCUCUAGCCAGUCUGCCUUUGUUAGGAUACUCGCUCACCAUUCCCUCGGAAUCUGAGAACAUUCACAAAGAUUACGUGUUCAAGCUGCAUUUCAAGUCGCACGUGUACUACUUCAGGGCUGAAAGCGAAUACACGUUUGAAAGGUGGAUGGAGGUGAUCCGGAGUGCUACCACCUCAGCCUCCCGCACCCGCAUUUUAAGUCACAAGGAGUCUCACGUGUACUGAUGGCUGAACACCUAGGGUGAUUUUUCCAGCAGUUGCUGCUUCGCUACAGGACACCUGAAUCUUCCUCCCUAACAACCGAAGCAUCCACACUCAAAUUGGCCCAUUGAAAACACAAAAUGUGGUUUUGCAGCAACUCACAUUGUCUCAGCCGAACUGUUUUUAACCUCAAUUUUCAGUUCUUGAUGUCUCAUCCCAGCAGCACCUCAUGGCCGGCGUAUUCGUUUGUCAUUCUCCGUGUGCUGUUUUUUAGCUUGUGCCAGUAUUAAAAAAAAAGUCCUGAAUAGCUUGCCAAAAUGCCAGGUGACAGUUCCCUUCCUCCAAGAUUGCACCUUAAAAGCAGUACAAAUGUUAUUUGUCAGAUCAACAGAAAUGAACCUACCAUGAUGUAGGGGCGGGAGGGUGCUAUUGCUUCUUUUCUUUAAAAAAAAAAAAAAAGAAAAAGAGAAAAAAGAAAAAACUGAGUUGUCGACUGUUCCAUUUUUAAAUAUAAUAUGGAUUUUUCAAUGUAGGAUACAGCAGAAGCAGUCUGACAGCAGAUGAGGUUGUUUUCAGAUUUCGUUUUUCAAUCUUUAUACUUUAUUAAUCUCAGAAUUCCUACUAAUUUUCUAUUGUUACAGGAAUAAGCAGUUGUAGCACACAAAUAAUAUCUCACUUUGGGAUAGUGGGAGCUACGUCUCCGACACUUCUUAAACCAAGCUGACCAAACUUUCUGCCUGCUGGUCUUGAAGAGUGAAUUAUUUGCAAGCUGUUUUUUUUUUUUUUUUUUAAGGGGAAAAAAAAGAAACAAAAGUCCAGUGCAAUAUGAUUUGGGCUAUUAAUGUACUGUGAAUGGUGUACACAUUGGGAAGAUUAUAUUACACUGUGGUGUUUUGCUCUUUGUUUCACAAGCAUGGAAGAAAACCUUGUAUGUCAUUAGCCCUGGCCAUUUGUGACACGUUCCAUUAAUGAAGAAUGUCUCUUGUUGGCUAAAAGUGGAUGCAGAUAGAUGAGCAAGUGGUGGUACUUAUCCCCAUGAUGUCCCCCCUCCCCCAGGCUAUCACUGUUGUACCCACUUACCUAUAUCCCAGUGCACCUGUUUGUUUCCCACUGCGCGUUCUCUAGUAGUAUAUAUUGUGACUGUCUCUCUAUACAAAUUAUUCCCCUGGUCCUGGAGAAGAACCGUAGUACUCAAUAGCACGGGGACUCUGUUAGCCACCCCAGGGGAUCGGGUACAAAUCAACACAGGCACAGUGGCCCCCGAGAUCUUCCUGCCCACUGGAACGGGCCGCUUACCCCCCUGACCCCUCAAAGCAGGCUCCUUCCAUGGAGUUAGUCCUCCCUGUUUAAGGCCAUACAAAAGUGCAUAGGAGCAGACUCAUCCCACCCACUUCUCCCCACCACCCCAACACCAGUGACCCGCCUAAGAUCCUUUUCCAGGAACACAGACUGUAUGGGGCUGAGACUGGCUUUGAAGACCAUGGAAACUGCUCUUUUCAUAGUAAAUAAGACUUGUUAAUCACGUGCCGCCUUACAUGUACAAAACGGUUUUAAGUACUGCUAACCAUAAAAGGGAAUAAAAUACCUCACACCACAA